AUGUAUAUCAAACCAGUUAGGCGAGUCUUUACUCAGGACGACUUGUCCAAAUGGAUCGAAUCAAACACAUACAAUGAAGUGCUUGACUUCAUAACGCAACUUCAAGAUUCCGUCACUGACAAGCCAAAUGACGCGAAAGUGGCAACUUCGCCCGUGAUUGCAAAGCUUAUACAUCUCAUUGACAAAAUCUAUCAAAUUAUACAACGCCACCCUGUCAAACUAGAAAAGGAUAUACUGAGAUUCGGUAAAGUUGAGUUUCGCGAUUUUUACGACGAAGUUGAUGCCCAAUCAGCUGAAUUGAUCAAACCAAUAUGUGAGACUGCCAUUGUUGAAACAUCAACCUACCUCACUAAUUCAUUUGGAGAUAGGACUAGAAUCGAUUACGGAUCGGGACACGAGUUGAACUUUAUUUGCUUCUUGCUAUGUCUAUAUAAACUUGACGUUAUCAGACGAGAUGACUUCCCGGCAUUGAUCCUCCAGGUGUUCACCAAGUACAUGUCGACAAUGAGGUGUUUGCAACGGACGUAUUGGCUCGAGCCUGCUGGGUCGCAUGGGGUUUGGGGUUUGGACGAUUACCACUUUUUGCCGUUUUUGUUUGGCGGUGCACAAUUGUGCAAUCAUCCGCAUAUGAAGCCGAAAUCGAUCCAUAAUGACGAGUUGGUGGAAAUGUACAAGGACAAGUAUAUCUACAUGGAAUGUAUCGAUUUCAUCAACAAUAUCAAGACGUCAACUAAUAAACAGCAGGAUAAGUUGAGUUUGAGGUGGCAUUCACCGAUGUUGGAUGAUAUUUCAUCGGCUAAGCUGUGGAGCAAGAUCAAGGAGGGGAUGGUUAAGAUGUAUAAAGUGGAAGUGUUGGGGAAAUUGCCAAUCAUUCAACAUUUCAUGUUUGGUGAGUUGUUAAAGUGUCCCGAGGGGAUUCCUGAGCACCAUCAUCAUGAUGACGACGACAACGAUGUGGAUAAUUGUGGUCAUGUGCAUGAUGUGACUAAUACGUGGGGAGAUUGUUGCGGGAUCAAGAUCCCCAGUGCUAUUGCUGCUAGUGAGAGUAUAAAACGAGGCGCUGGUGUUCCGUUUGAUUAG